GACGCAGCUCUCGCCCUCUGCUUUUGGCCUGUUUUUCUUACCAACCGCGCAAAUGUAUAUUUCACGACUUGUUUAAAAAGUCGCUGAAAUGAAAAAAAAAUUGAAAACAAACGUAGAUGACACUGAAUAAACUACCUGAAAGCCUGAAAGGAAAGUUAACAAACAUCGAAACAGCGGUAAUCCGUUUAGAAAUCGCGACUUCAUGCUGUAAUUUAACUGCGCAGUAAAAUCAAUAACUGUAAGAGCACGCUCUAUACCUAAAUGUGAAACGCCCAGGAGCAACGGGAACAGUCCGAACAAUGUCCGACGAAGAAGACGAAUCGGUCUCCGAGGGCUUCUCUGCCAGCGAGGAUGAGUGGAAGCCCAACAAAGAUGCUCGCGGCGGCGAAUCAUCGGACGACGACGAUAGCGACUUCGAUGAGAUGCAGCCCGCAGGGGCGGCGGCUUCUGCAGGUCCUAGGGGCCGAUCAUCUGCUGGCGCAUCAAAAAAGAGAGAUCAGAAACCGCCAAGCGGCAUAAAGGGAGCUUCAGUAAAGAAGCGCAAGCCGAGUGGUCAAUCUCUGCGUUCAAAGCUGUACAACAAGUACCGACCGCCGCCGAAGACGUUUCCCACUUCGCCCUCCCAGCAGAACUCGCCAUCAGCGUCGGGUUCAAAAAACGCAAGAACGCCCAAUGAAAGCGGUGCACAGGAUCGGCACUAUGCUGAUUCCAGCAGUGAAUGCAGUGUAGACGACUAUUUGGUUAAUCCCGCUGACCUCGAUCUGCGCUCGAGCUUCUUUUCGGCUCAACCAUCGUCAAAGGAUAAGUCGCCAGUGCCCCAAUUUGAUUGCAAUGCGGGAAUUAAAGCUCACUCUGACUCCGGUUCCGAGGAUAACAAUGACAGCAGCGUCGAGGACACAGCAACCCAUGCGUUUGACUUCCGCGGGCUCCUAGAGAAUGCCAACAGUCUGGAGCGCACCAGAGAUGCGCUGGCCAACCGCGGCGUCACAGCCGCAUCAGCCAAAAAUCGUGCUGCAACGAUGGAUGUCAAUGCACUGCUUGCAUUGGGCGAAAAUCCGAAUCAGAAUUACGCCAAGGCCAUAGACGCUGAUAAGGGCGACGUGAAAGAGAAGCGGCCCAGCCGACGAGCUGCAGCAGAAGCCCCUUCGCCACCCAUGGACGGACCGCCUCGUCUAAGCAAGACAAAGUCAACGCGCAUAAAACGACACACAAAGACGCGGCCCGUGUCCACUGUGGUAGCUGCUGCUCAAGACACAGACGACUCCGAUUUUGAGGAAGUGGCAGGUAGGAGGCAAUACAAGUAGUUUGUCAACGCUCCAGAAUGCGAUUUUAGUGUGGAGCAUGCUUAUGAAAGUUGGUUGUGGCGCUCGAUGGUAUGGUAUUAACGGGAUCCUCGUAUCU